UCGUUAAUUCUUGACAAAAUGUCGUAAAACACUUAUCCAAGACAUCUCAAGCCACAUGUUAAGAACCAAUAGUAAAGUGGAUGGAUGCUAUGAACAUUCUUGUAUAUUAUUUGAGGUUUAUCCCAACAAAACAUGAUAGCACUCCUGAGGAAACUAAAUUCUAGAUGGACCUUUGAACAAAUGCUUUAGUACCUUCAGUUUCUUGAAAACUCCAAAAUGAAUCUCUUCUUCAAGAACCAUAAACACUUAACUCGCUUGACAUCCACUUUCAACAGAUUCGUCAGUUCAAAUUUAAGUAAACAACCUCGUGCACUGUUCUCAAGCUUUGCCAGUGAUCUUCUUGAACCAGACUCAUGGAAAUCAAUGGAGGGUCUUGUACGUUGCAAGGCAAAUUAUGCCCCUUUGUCUCCUAUAAGCUUCUUGGAGCGAUCAGCUACAGUUUAUAGGGACAGAACUUCAGUUGUUUAUGGUUCUUUGAAGUUUAAAUGGGCUGAAACUCAUCAACGUUGCCUCAAACUUGCCUCUGCUUUAUCCCAGUUGGGAAUUUCUCGUGGUGAUGUGGUUGCUGCUCUGGCCCCUAAUGUUCCAGCAAUGUAUGAGCUGCACUUUGCAGUUCCAAUGGCUGGAGCAGUUUUUUGUACUCUUAAUACUCGCCAUGACUCGAAUAUGGUGUCUAUCCUACUGAAACAUUCGGAGGCAAAGAUUAUUUUCGUGGACCACCAGUUACUUGAUAUUGCCAGAGGAGCGCUUGAUCUUCUAGAAAAGACAGGGACAAAACCACCUAUGGUGGUCUUGAUUUCUGAAUCUGAUGUUUCUUCUCCCACUGGCUUCAGUUCAAGUAGUUACGAGUAUGAAAGCCUCUUGGCAAAUGGACACAGUGGAUUUGAGAUCAGGCAACCGGAAAGCGAAUGGGAUCCUAUCAGUGUAAAUUAUACUUCUGGCACAACGUCAAGGCCCAAAGGAGUUGUUUAUAGUCACAGGGGAGCAUAUCUCAACACCCUUGCGACGCUUUUCCUCCAUGGCAUUGGUACAACGCCUGUUUACCUUUGGACUGUGCCCAUGUUUCAUUGCAAUGGAUGGUGCCUCACUUGGGGUAUGGCAGCACAGGGUGGUGCUAACGUAUGCCUGAGAAAAGUCUCCCCAAAAGACAUAUUUGACAGCAUUGAUCAGCACAAGGUAACACACAUGGCAGGAGCACCGACUGUCUUGAGCAUGAUUGUGAAUUCAGCAAUUAGUGACAAAAAACCCCUUCCUCACAAAGUGGAAAUUAUGACAGGAGGUGCACCACCACCCCCUCAAAUCUUUUUCAAGAUGGAAAAGUUAGGUUUUGGUGUAUCUCAUUUGUAUGGCCUUACAGAAACUUAUGGUCCAGGGACUUAUUGCUCAUGGAAACCUGAAUGGGAUUCACUUCCUCUCAACGAGAGAUCAAAGAUGAAAGCUCGACAAGGGGUACAACAUCUUGGAUUGGAAGAUGUUGACGUAAAGGAUACUGUCACCAUGGAAAGUGUACCAGCAGAUGGUAAAACGAUUGGAGAGAUUAUGUUCAGAGGAAACACUGUGAUGAGUGGCUACCUAAAAGACUCGAAAGCAACUGAGGAUGCUUUCAGAGGCGGCUGGUUUAGAAGUGGGGAUCUUGCCGUGAAACAUUCUGAUGGAUAUAUUGAAGUGAAGGACCGAGCAAAGGAUAUUGUAAUUACUGGUGGAGAGAAUGUAUGCACACUUGAAGUAGAAACAGUUCUGUAUAAUCAUCCAGCAAUUCUCGAGGUCGCAGUUGUUGGGCGGCCAGAUGACCUCUGGGGACAAACCCCUUGUGCAUUUGUGAAGUUAAGAGAGGGAUUUGACGUUGAUGCUCAAGAUAUAAUUAAGUUUUGCCAGGAUCGUUUGCCACAUUAUAUGGCUCCCAAAACUGUCAUUUUUGAGGAUUUGCCGAGAAACUCUACUGGAAAAGUGCAGAAGUUUAUUCUGAGGGAGAAGGCAAGGGCAUUGGGUAGCCUCUUUAGGUCAGAGACACAAACCACCUGCUGAUAUUAGAAGUUCAGUCAAAAACAGCAAACUGUAAAGCAAUUUCGUACACAAUGUUUGCAAAAUUAUUUCAAUCGAUAAAUACAGCGAUGAUUAUUUUUAUCAAACAACUAAAGAGAACUUUCUAGCAUUUGGAUUGAUCUUGAAGACCCAUGUACUCAAAACUGGUUGAAUGUGUGAUUUUACAGGGGUUUUGCUCA